AUGGCCGGAUUGAGCAUAGAAUUCUUGCGUCUCGAAGAAUUCAGGGUUGCAGGCCUUGCUGCCCACAGAUUUACAAGUUUCAAUACCCCACUGCGUCUACAUGAAGAGGAUGUCUUGGAGUUCCUUUUCGCGUACUGCGCGGAGCUCUGGCCAAAUCACUUCCGAGAUGCUCGUAUAGCUACGAAUGAUAGUCUCAUAAUCGAGGUACAGGAGCUAUACGACACAACAAGUGCGACCUUUCAUGCGUGGUUUCAGUGUUUCGGAGAACCAAUCAUAAACCAUAUCGAUAAUAUCGACCGGCAUGCUUAUACCGCUCUGAUGUGGGCAAGCGUAUUGGGUCACGAGAACUGCGUCCAAGCGCUGUUGAGGGCAGGAGCCAGUGUCGAGGCUGGUGCCACACGUCGCCGCUUGACCGCGCUAGGAUUAGUAGCAGGAGAUGGCCACGAGAAGGUUGUAGAGAUGUUGCACAAGGCUGGGGCUUCUCUCAAUCCUAGGGUGCAAUUGAAGGAUAGCCCACUAAUCACAGUGAUAUCGGAUGAGUCGGGGUGCCAUUUGAAUAUGGCAAAAUGGUUGCUUGCCCUAGGGCCGGACGUCGUCUACUUGUCCCAUUCUUCUGGCACUGCUCUACAUGUCGCGUGCUCGCGAGGCAACUAA